AUGAGUCACAAGCAGCGGCUGUACGAGGAGUUCGAGCAGGUCGCCGAGUAUCUGCACGGCAGGGGCUGCGUGUCCAUUGAAGACGUGGAGCUCAUGCAUCCGAGGGCGGUCAUCGGCCUUCUCGCCGUCGUGCUGCUCCAGAGCGUGUUGCGGUUGGAAGAUCCCCGCAAGUGCACGGCUUUGACGAUCUGCGACGACCAGAUGGAGCUUAACGCCGUGCCUUCGGACUUCGCCGAUGUCCAGGACCGCUUCCUCGACCUCCGCGACCGCGUGCGGCUUCUGGGGGAGCUCACGGAGGAGGAGACGGAGUGGCUGAAGCUCAGGCUGCUGGACCCCUCUGCCCAGCCCGACCGGCCCGCCCGCUCUGACCGCGAGCGCUGGGGAUGCCUGUGCGAGGUGUUCCAGCAGCUCUACGGCACGGCCGUCGAGCUGUCGAGGCUGCCCGCCUUCCAGGCCCACCUCGAGCUCCUCGCCGCCGACCUGCCGCUGCUCGCGGCCCUGCGCGGGGGCCGUCAGGACGAGGCCGCGGCCCGGCUCCUGGAGGCCCGGUCCCUGCCGAUCGCGGCCCGGACGGGCCAGCUGCGCGUGGUGCACAGGAUCAUGGAGCUGCGAGGGGACUGGGGGGCGUGGCUGCUGUACGCGGCGUGCAGCGGCGACCAGGGCGAGGUCGAGCUCGCGCUGAGGCACAAGGCAGACGUCAACGCGCGCAGCCCCGCGGGGGCUACGCCGCUGAUGGCCGCCGCGAUGCAGGGCCACGCCGAGGUCGCGCGCCUGCUCCUGGAUUGGGGCGCAGACCCUGCGCUCACGACGCAGAGGGGGCUGACUGCGCACGCUGCGGCAGCGCUGGCCGAGCGUGGCGCCCUCGACACCCGCCGGCGGCGGCGUUAUGCCGAGGUAGCCGCCGUGCUGAGCCCCACUCCGCUCCUCACCUUGAAGGUCUGCCUGCGUCAUGUCCCCGGCGGGCUGUCGGCCCAGUGCCCAGCUUAG